AUGAAGUCCACUCUCGCUACCGUCAUUGGCCUAUUCGGCGUUGCUGCCCUCGCUGCCCCAGCACCCCAAGAGACGGAAGAGCCUCGCCCAUACGAGAACAUCGACAUCGCCGACCUCUCCGUCCGCAAGCAGCAAAAUGGAACAGUCACCAACGUCAGCUUCCUCCUCUCUGGCAACAACGCCACGGAUCUGGCCUGCCAGGGUACAACCGGUGUUCCCUCGGAUGUGAUUACCUGCGGCGAAUCCAAGUACCGCUUCACGAUCCGUCCGGGCAAGGAGACUGAGUUUGCGCUGCGCAUCUACCACGAGCUCGGCCUUGCUUUCGGCUAUUGGGGCGAGGGUGAUGUUUUCACAUACUGCCACGCCGGUGGCCUUGGAGACUUGCUCUGCAACCAGGUCAACCCUACGACAAUUGUCAUUGACAGCACUCCUCCACCUGUCAACCCCUAA